AUGACGAUAUCUCACACUCAAACUCUGCUUCUUCUCUUGUCACUGUUCUUCUUACCUGCCUCGCACGGCAUGGAUUUUGAAUACUGCAACGGUAGUGGAUACGAUUCCAUAAGCGUCACUGGUGUGAAGUCCUCUUCUGUUGGGCCUAACAACACAACAACCAUUUCGAUAGCCGGUUCUACAACUGGUGGCUCUCUUCGAGUAAACAAUGUAGUUGUGGAUUUUAGAACAACAGGCGAAGAUGAUAGCAUUUUCUAUACAAAAUACUUAUACAUCAACGAAGUCUGCACUAAGACUAGAUGCCCUUUUGUUUCUAGCACCUUUGAGCUCAAUAUUCCUCUUCUUUCGUCGCCUUUUUUACCCCCGGUUGAUUACAAGAUUGAGAUAUCCUUAUUAUUCUUUGCUACUAAGGAAAUAGUAGCAUUGUGCGUCGCCAUGAAUUUACCGGCUUCAUCUUCGCCGUCAAUCUCUUCUGCCUAG